AUGAGCUCAAAAUUUGCCUCUCGAAAGAAAAAUAAUCGACAAUCUCGCCUGUUGCAGGCCUUGAGAGAUUUUACAGCAGCAGAUACAUGUUACAGCGAUGGUGCAAAUCCUCUGUCUUUUCGAAUAGGUGAAAUAUUCACAUUUCUGAGUCGCCGCGACAACUAUUGGGUCAAUGUUGAGAGGACGGUUUGGAGACACAAUCCGCUGCUCAAGACGAAGGAAUACCUGACUGUUGAGCGUGGUAUUGUGCCGGUGGACUAUAUAAUUGAGAUGGACGUUCAAGAGAACGAAGGAAUGUCUUCACGCAAAGAAGAAAAUUGCCCGGUUUCCAGCGGUGAUCAUGAUGAAGCAAGUCAUGACAACAUUUUCGAGGUAAACUCACCUUUUUGCAUUCUAAAGUUCUUGCGAUCGAAUUUUGAAGACACGCAUCUUUCGCAUGUCUCUUUCUCGAUAAUGUUAUUGCUUAACUGGUGCAUGAAGGACAGAAGCUAAGUUGACUAUCAAAUAAUUUCAAUUAUUUCAAUACGGAUUCCCCAAAUGGGUCAGUUUCCAAAUCGGAUGUGCAAAACAUUCGAUCUCGUGUGAAGAAUUUGUAUCUGUGUCGUUCAUGAAUAAUUCUUUGACGUAACGGUCAACUUAGAAACGAUUUUUAUUUCUCAUGAUAGAUCAUGCCGAUAGAUAAUAUAACUUCAAUACAGAUAAGAUAACUUUAGACUAAAAAUUCCCAAUCUAGUUGAAGUUUGAUGUCUCCACGAAAUGUUUGUCAUGAAUUAAUUGAAAAAGGUGAUCGUAAAUUCAUAGGAUAUGAAUUAGUAAUAAAUCCAUUGUUGGUGUGGCUUCAAUGUUUUGCUUGAAUCCUUUAUUCACACGAAAAACACGUGAACUUAAGUUAAUAUGAGACGUAAAUAUCACCGAGCCUCCCUUAGACUUAUGCAUGUAAGAAAUUAAGACAGUUGUUUUAUUAUAAAAACCUACAAGUAUUUGUGUAAAGUAUGGUGAUCUGACUGAGUGUCUUGAAGAAGGUGUUUGGCUUGACUUGAGGUGCAUUAGAGGUUCCAGGAGUUAAAUAUUUUUCAGUGUCCCUUGACCUAGAUCAUUUUUAGUUUAAAAACUUUAAAUCAAUGAGGGGUGUCAACAAGAACUUCCUAUUCGUGAAAUUUGUAGUCUUUCCCCGGUCAUUAUAUUUUCAAUAGAAUGGAAUGAAUUUUUAGCUUUGUACCCAGAACCAGAAUUUUUUGUGCCAAAUAUUCUUUGAGUUUCUUUGUCUCUCCUUUUCCUGCAAGGGAUUCCUGAUCUCUUAGAUUAAAGCUGUCUCCUUUAAAACAGCAUUAAAAUCUACAUCUAGAUUCAAGUUCUACCCUAUCCGUUGAUGGUUUGUUUUAAAAAUCCUGUUCCAAUUUCUAUCUGUUAUAAGUUCUGAUCUCUAAUUACUAUAUUUGAAAUGUAAUUCUCCAGCUCAGAACUGAGAGAGAUGGUUUGGCAGAAGAAGUUGAACAACUAAAAAGAAAACUUGAUGAGGCUUACAAAGAAAAUGCCACCCUUCAUGAAAGGUGAGUAUCAGAAGGACUCUCCACAUGCCUUUUAAGAGUUUUUAAUACUAUUUAACCCUUUAACUCCCAAGAUCUCAACAGUAAUUGUCCUUACCAUCUGCCAAACAAUUCUCAUCAUGUUAGUUUGGAGAAUUUGGUAUUGGAUUAGUUAGUAAUACCAUAAUUGAUAUUUUUUUAAUUGUCAUCAUAUGUCUACAUGAUAUUGUACAGAUAUAGAAAGGAGAAAAUCUGUCCUGGUCACUCAUGGGAGUUAAAGGGUUAAUCUAUUUUAAGGUUUUUCCAGAAUAUGUGAUAUUUAUUUUACUGAAAGCUAUUUGUCAUGAGAUUCAGUAUGACUGCUGUUAAAACUGUAUCAAGAUGCAGAGAGAACUUUGUAGGAGAGAGGUACAGAGGAAAAGGUCUGUGGCUUGUAUUAAGCUAAAUCAAUGGGGUGGGGGGGGGUGGGUGAAACAGGAAUCUUCCUACUUUAGAUAGGUACUGAAUUUCAUUACUGGAUCGUAAAUUGUUUUAUUAACGAAAUUAAUAUAUUACUAAUUUUCAAGCCAAUUGAGAACUUGAGAUUCAUCAUAUCUUCAGAUAAUGAACUUAAUCACUAAUGAAAUUAUAUCUAAAUCUGACCUAUGCUUAGUUUGCUAAAUGGAUAAUGAUAAUUGUUCUUAUUGACUAACAGAUAAAUAAAGGAAUGAUUGAGAAAAAUUUUGAUUUUUUGUAACCUUUUAAGUGCCUUUUAUGUCUGAGUGUUGACAAUACUAGACAAUGCUUUUAAAAGUUUAAUGACUUGUGUAACUAAAAGCUGUACAAUUGUAAUUGAUGGAAUAUCAGAAGAAGUUUUCAGUACAAGGACAAAUUAGUAGAUUUCUAACCCUCCAUUCCUGGCCAGUCUUGUUACAACAAUAGAAAAUAAAAUUUGUGCUUGCACUAAUUCUAACUAAAUGCAAUAAACUGGAAUCAGUUGAUUGUGUUGUCUGAUCAUCUUAAGGAAGGCAGUCCUGGGAAGGACUGUUGUCAGCAGUAAUGGCUGAUGUUUCGACAAUCUAAGCAGUAGUCAUCAUUCAGGUUACCCAAAUGACAGUCAGUGACAUUAGCAAUAGUCCAGGGGUCUAUAGUCAGUUUUAUGUGUCUUAUUCAGACUCUACCUGUGCACCUAAUUUCAAACAAGAGCCAAUAAUUAACCCUUCAAUCCCCAAGAGUGACUCACAUCUAAUUUCUUCUUGCAACAUCACCCCUAAAUCAAACACUAAGUUCAUGAGAAUAAAGGAAAUGAUCACCAACUAAAGAAGCUCUUGAUUGUUUAACAAAUUCUCCUUGUCAGAACCCUAAGGAAUGUAGGGAGUAGUUUGGAGAAUAUCCAUACUGAUAUCAGGGAGCCAAGGGUUAAAUUAAUGAUAUGUUAUGAUAUGGAAAAUGAAACUACACCAUCAAACACUGGUUUUCAAACAAUUUAGUAAUUGAGAAUUAAGUCAAUAGAUUAUUUGCCUUUAGAUUUUCUGAUUGAAUGAGAGACAGAACUGUUUAGCUUAUAGGUGAUUUUUUGGGUACCCUCUUUUGAUAAAUACAAUUAGAUGCCCUAACAUUGCUAUUGAUUUUGAAGGUCUGCUCAAGAGUACAAGCACAAUUUACAGCUUGUUCAUCAGCUGUUACAACAGUAAGAAAUCUCUGAAAACCACUUAAAAUUGGAGCUACAGAACAGUUACGCAUACGUUUUAGGCCAUUUGUGGUUAACAAUGUGUCUUUCAUUUAACCUUGGCUUGUGGUCCUGAGUUAUUCUAACUUAGAAUUUUUUUUUCUUAUGUUGAGACCAAAAGCUAAUAACAAUAGCUCACCUUUGCUGAUAGUGUGAAUUUUAUGUACUUAAAUGUAUUGAAAUGUAAUGAGUGAUUAAUAAAUAAUUAGAAUAAAUUAUAAAUGUGUUCACCCUAACAGCAUUGAAAGGGUGACUGUUUACAGAAAGAGGGUCAAUAAUUUCUUUUGCACUAAUGACAUUUGUUUUGUUAUGUUUUUCAUGUAUCUAUAGUUAAGAUUUGGGUGUUAUUAAUUGUUUAUUCUGAUAUUUCUGUAAAAGGCUAAUUAAUUGUUCAUGUUGGUUAUCAUUAAUAGCUUUUCUAUUUGUUUUGUUUUCAUUGAGUAAAAAAAAUACACAAUCACUAAGUGAACAACAGUUUUUUAUCUGUAAGGUGGUGUACCUGAUGGAAUAAUAACUUCUUUUUAACCAAGUACAAGGGCUGUACUGGGGAGUAUUGGUGUGAGGUCAUGGCAGUUUGAACCAAGCUCAGUAUAGUCUGUACAAAGAUAACCAAGGGCCAAUAUUCCCCAGUAUGGCUUAAGCAAGCAAGAUUACUAAGUAGUUUAUUAUAUGAGACUUGGACCAAACUUGUUUAUUCUGAAUUUGCUGCUUUUGUGAAUUGAAGUACAUGGCUAAUGAAUGUUUCUUUGGAAACAGUCUGCAUGGCAAAAUUCUGACCAAGUAAGACCAACUAGAAUGCUUGGAUUUACCUGAGGACUACCUUGCCAUUUAAUAAAUUGUGUAUAGUUCAUAUUUCUUGUCCAGCCCUAUGGCAUGAUCAAUACACAGCACCUAUUAAUAGCUGUGCAGCAACAUGUAGCACUCUUAAACAUACUCAGUCUGCUAAUCACAUACUACCCUCUUUUUGUAAACAAGUUCCCUAACUUGUAACUUUGAUCAAAGGGAUUCUCAAUAGUCUCUAACUAUACUGAUGCAUUUAAUUUCUUCCAUUCAGUGUUUGAUGUAUUUGUUAUUUGAUAAAAAUAUUGCUUGUAAGAGUUGACACUCAUUGAUUUUCAAAUGAAACAUAAACUAAAGCUACUCAAAAGAGGGACAGUCCAUAUAUUAGAGAUUCAAUUUUACCUUUUACCUUGUUGAUUUUUUAGAAAAUCCUUUUGUUCAUCAAAUAAGGAAGUGAGCAGCAACCAUAGCUGGAACUUGAAUGACAAAAAUGAUUUUGUGCAAUUUUUUUAUUUUGUUUGAUCUUUGCUUUAGUUUCUGUUCACCAUGAGAUUUUGUUUGAGCUAGAAAACUUGAAGUUAUCUGUGAUUUCCUUUUUGAUAAUGAUUCAUUUUUUUUUCAGGUAUUAUGCAGUUGGAGAAACAAUGGUUUCAACCAAGGAGCAACUAGCAAUUGCACAGGAAUCUUUAAUUGAGGUAGUUGGAGCAUUUUUCUUUUGAGUGUCAGAAGCAAAGCAGGAUGGCAUGGGUGUUGGUUUCCUUCACUCUGUGAUCAGUCAGGAAACUUUGCACCACCUUCUAACCGAGCAGAUGCAAAUCAAAAACAGAUCAAGACUUGGUCACUUCCUUUUUUCUGCACUUCAGGCAGCUCAAUGGUUUUUAGUUUGAGUUCUCAUAGGCUCCUGGUGAUAUUUUCCUUGGUCCUAAUAGGCACUUGAGAUUAUUAUAGACUGCUCUGUCAAAAACUAUUUAACCUUUCAAUUUCAAAGGAUGCAAUAAAUAAUUUUAAAAAAUUAUGAAAAACAGCAGCCAUGACUGACAAUAGAUAGCCCCAUACUUUCCAAGAGUGAUCUUUAUGAAAAUCUCAUAAUACUAUAUAUUUAAAUAGAGGAUAUGACGCCAAAUCUUAUAUUAAAGGCUAGCCAUAGAAAUGUAAGGUAUUUGUUGGAAGAAUUAGUUCGCAGAUUAUGGGAGUGAAAGAGUUAAUUCUCUAUGUCCCUUUGCCACAUCCUGUCAGCCAGUGUAAUUACUUAUUGUAAGUAGCUUCUCGUAUUUUGCACUUUCUAUCCAUUUCAGGAGCAGAAGAGAAGCCGUCAAUACCAAAAGCAAGUAGAAGACAUUAAGAGUCAGAUAAACAAGUCUGGCAAUAAAUCAGCGGUAUAGUUUGAACACACAUUGACAUUUCAUUUGUGUAGGGUGAUUGUCCUCUUGACUGUGGUUUUUAGGAGGGAUGUCUGUAAAGGUCAUGAAUGACAUUUUUAAAAUCCAAACCACAGUUGUUCUCAUUACCCUGGUGAUGACUUCCAUUUUUUACUUAACAUUUGAACUCCUAGAGCUGAUUAACAUGUAACUUCUCCUGAUAAUGUCUAUACAUUAUCCAGCAAACAGGUAGUGAGAGUACUUAAACUUAUCAUGUAGAAGUUGUCAUCUUUAUCGAUGACUAAAUUCUCUUAACUGAUUUACAAGGAAAUAUAUGGCAGCUAGAGGAGAGAAUGAACAGUCAGGAGUGGUUCAGUUGUUCUUGGCUGUCCACACAAUGCCACUAUAUCCCUUGGGUUUCAUGUAUUACCACUGAGAGUCCUUCUAUAUCUCGUUUUGAUCUUUUUUACAUUCUUUCUGGCUGUUGAGCUGCUAAGCUGGACUGAAAUUACAUUAUGGACACUGAUAAUUAAUUAUUUCAUGAUGAUAAUGUUGCAGAUAAAACUUCUGGAGAAGAUUAUUCAAAAGGAGACAAAAUCACAGGCAAAUGGAUUAAUACAAAAGGUUUCUAUUUUGUUUUGAUAACUCAUGAAUACCCACAAAAUUUGACCUUACCCUGAUGAAGGGCUAAACUCUUAUUGGUGGCCAAUUUACAUUAAAUAUUUAGUUGAUAGAUCUAAAUCAUCAGAUUUAAAGUAGUUUGAAUGCAGUACAUACAGUUUACCUUGACUAAUGAUUAAGCUGAAAUAUCCAGUUUUUCUUGUACUGAUGGCUACUAUAGAUCUGUUCUUUAUAUUCAGUACUUAACCCUUUCAGACAAACAUUUCAUGGUGCAACUGCUUGAUUCUCAGCAAAUUGCUUAUAGCUCUCAGUUUUCUUUUUAGGAUGCUUGUCAUUCACUGAGCUUCUAUCAUAGUUACCAGGAAUGGUCAUAACUGUUAUUUCAGUCUACUGACUGAAAACAAUUUGUUGUUGUGCUCUUAUUGCAGACCAGAUCUGAAAGUUCAUCAGAUGACUUAAUGCUUUCUUGUGCUCUCUGCCAUGAAAAAAUGAGGUACUGCAAUAUGUUCUAUGAGCACUUUCUAAGAGAAUUAAGGAUGCUCAUCAUCUUUGUCCUGGACCUUUGAACUAGAGUGUUAUCUAUUGCUUAGGAUGUAUAUUAUAAUUAAGGGAUUGUAGAAUUCUAUGGCUACUGCACAAAAUUCCAUGACCAGAUUUUUUCGGCUGAAGUAUUCUGUGGUUUCUUCUUCACCUCUAUUACUGAAAAUGCAGCUUGCUGAGUAGUUAAGAUUUUUUUUAUCUGACCUUGCAGGGUGGGUGACCUGGCUUCUCAUUCUAAGGUUUGCUCAUCAAAAGAUACAGACAAACGACCUACAACGUAAGUGUAGAGGGUCAUAUCUAUCAAAAAUUAGAUUAAUUAGCAAGAAAAUGAAUGUAGUGUAUCUACUUAUCAGUAGUCAUCAUUGGAAAGUAUCAUCAGAAGUAACCUGAUAGAGGCUGUCUAGGUUUUAUGCAAAAAUGGCUGAGCUAUACAUGUUAUUCAGGAGCUUCAUUUUAAGAUCAUUUUCUUUGAGUGGUUUUCAUGCGUUUAUGAUCAAUUAUGAUCUAUUAUCAAUGAUUUGAUUGGUCCAUUUUAGUCCAACAACACCAGGAACAGACAUGCUUCGAGUUACAGUGACCUGUUCAGAGACUGAUGAGAAAAAUACCACCUUUAAAGUGGUAACGAAGGUAAGGAAUCUGGAUUUAUUUCAUUGAUAGUUGUAGAGGAUUACUGACUGACUGCUGCAAGAAGCACAGGUUAUUUCUUUGACUCUGUCAACAAUGUUGAUCAGCAGUAUGCAGGAACAAGUGACCAAAAAAUAUUAAAUGAUAAUUAGGUAUGUCAUUUUAGAAAUUUCCCCAUAGUAUACAUAUUUACAAACAUUUUUGAGGAGAAAGGUGAUGAGGUGAGGGUAAAGCAGUGAGGGAUACCUACUGAUAAGAAACAAUUUUCAGCUCUAAAACUGAAAAUGUAUGACAAUCAAGGCAGAGAGUUGUCUGAGUUACAGAUUUUUUUUUUUUUUUUUUUUUUUUUUUGGGGGGGGGGGGAUAAAGUAGGGGUCCUAAAGAGAGAUUUUAACAAUUCAUCUUCAAUUGUUAUAAUAAUUAAAAUUUACAUUAAAAUAUUUUCAUAAUGACGAUGUAUUUGCAGACUACUCAUGAGGACUAUAAGUUCUCUGACUAUGAGGUUUAUCGCAGUGAAGGUGAUUUUGAAUGGCUUCAGUCAGCACUGGAGGAAGCUUGUCCAGAGAGAAUAGUACCUCCAAUGGUGUCACAUUCAUCGUUACAUGGUAAAUGACAAUAUUGGGUCUAGUAUACAAUUUUCAAUCAUGGUCAAAUAUCUUACUAGUACAUCCAACCAUAUGCUGUGUGAGAGUUUAAGGUGGGUGAAUUGCAAAAACCAGCAGCAAAGCUACAAGAGGAAUAGGCAAGAGAAAUUGAGAAACAAACUGCUGGAAUUUCAGGGAGUUUCAGUUUUAUCCUCACAUUAGCAAAUGCUAAAUUCCCAUUCAGUUGAGAACUUGUACAUCAAUCAAUUGUUUUUGUAACACCCCCCCCCCCAGGCUUACAUGAAGUUUAACUAAUAGUAACUGAUAUUAGAGAUGAUAUGAAAGAUGUAGACUAAAGUGAGGAUUGGAGAAAUUUGGAACUGUGAAAAUUUUUUUCAUAUUAAAGAUUAAAACGCAUUUGCUACUGUCAAACAAGGGCCAGUGGUUUAUGAAAUGGUAAAAUGUGCAAUACAGAUGGCUGGGUUAGGUUGAUUGAUUUAGUCAGUGCAUUCUAGAAUGCAUUGUGAAUAGUGAUUUCUCUCUUAUGUGGUUUGAAUCUGUUAUUUCUGUCUUGAGAUUCACAUCGAGAAAUCAGAAUUUUGUUGCAUUUUGAGGCCAUCCUCACUUAAUAACUCUCUGAAUUGUUAAUUUUAGGAAAAAUGAGAGAGGGUCAAAGAUUUCUGUCACGAAUUUGUGCCCAUAAGGUAAGAAAAUUUAUAUACAAACUGUAUGUUUUUUGUAGAAAUUAACACAGAAAAAAGGGGUCUUCUCUUUAACACUAUGUCCAUUUUUCUUUCCAGAUUUUGAGAAAACAUCAUCUUCUGAACCUGUUUUUAACUGGUGAGGGUCAGGUAAGACAAAUGUUUUGAAAUUCAUUUUUCUAAAGCAGGUCAUUGUUAGAGAGUCAGUCCCUUAUUGUUUAGAAUACUUCCCUGCAUAUCAUAAGGUUCAGGUUAGAGUCUUGGCAGCUCAUAAGUGUUGUUAGUUAGACAAGAUACUGUUGCACUUCAUGUGCUUUUCUCCUCUCUGGAGUACAAGUGGGAAACAGCAAACUGUUAGAGGUAACAUUGACUAAAUGUGGGUGAAUAAUGUGAAUGUUGGACUUGCAUUCCAACCAGGAGAAGUAGGAAUAUCUUCAGUUGCCACAUGCUUCAGAAAAAGACAUCACACAUGUACAGUGUAUGACCCAAUGUCACAGGGCAUAAUUUUUUAGUAUGUCUUUUCUGAACAAGUUUAUGCCGGUAUUAAAUGUUCAGAAACUCUUUCCCAGUUGAUGAUGAUGUUUUAUAAAUCACUUUCAGGAUGUACAGAAAGCAAGAGAGGAAUUAGAUAAGAAAAAGAGAAAAGUCAACAAUGUGGCUGAGAAGACUUUGAAACAGGAACCAUGUGACCAGAAUGCUCCUGUGAUCAAAUGUCAGGUUGUUAUAAUUUUAUGAGUAAUUAUUUAUCCAGUAAAUUAUUAGUCAAAAUUCAAUCAAUUACUAAAUCAGAAUCGGAACUAAUUCUGUUUGAUAAUGAAACAGAUUGAUGCAAGUAGCUUCAUAGCUGUGUUGUUUUAUAAAGAGUCAUUAUUGACAGAAGAAUAUACAAUCCUAGACCCUUUUGAUCAGAGGUCAUGAAAAAUUUCAAAAUGUUAUUGGUAAAGGUAAUGGAAGUCAUUGAAAUUUCUAACUUCAAAAUAGUGCAAGCCUUGUUAAUGUCUCCAAGACCCUGUUUCUGGUCUGAUUAGAGAUGCCUCCUGUAUUUGGAAGAAUAUUGAGAACUUAAUGUGUUGUAUAAAUACAAAUCUGAGCUUCAAUGUCGUUGUAUUAAUUUUCACAAUAGAGAUACUUGGAAAAGUUUGCAGAAAAUCUUGAUGGUUUGAUCACACACCUUGAGGAUAGUCUAAACAAGAACACAGUAGGUAUGAAUAUAGAAUUGAUCCUUGCAGUUAUGAACACUACUGAACUAAUAGUUGAAAUAAGGCCUGAAAAAAGCUCAGGCCCAUACGGGAUGUGAACCCAUGACCUCUGUGAUACUGGUGCAGUGCUCUACCAACUGGGCUAACAACCCAGGUCAGAGCUGGUCUUUAUGUUGGAUCCAAAUAAACCUUCGAAGUGGUGAAUAAUGGCUGUAAACAUAUGAAAAUCAUAUGUGUGCACUGUGGUUGAAGAAACAAAUAUAGAAUUGAUCCUUGCAGUCACUGCUGAACUAGUUGUCGAAAUAAGGCCUGAAAAAAAUUCAGGCUUGUACGGGAUUUGAACCCAUGAGAACAACAUUUAGCCACUAUCCUCAAAUGUUGUCAACCCUUUCACUUCCAAGAUCUCAUUUAUUUAGUAAUUCUCCUAACUGUACAUCAUGCAAUUCUUGUGAUACCAAUACCAAUUUCUUGAGAAUUUGGUAUUGGAUCAGCAGCUAAUCCCCUAUUGAAAUUUUUCUUUAUUCUCAUCACUUGUCUGCUUGAUAUUGUACUGAUACUGUGUGGAGAAAUUCUGUCUUGGUCACUCAUGGGAGUUAAAGGAUUUAAUGCUGCAUCUUGUGAAACUCUGCCCUCACUGAUAUUUUUUGUAAAUGUUCUUCAUUUUUAGAUGGCCCUGGGGUUUGGUUUAAAUCUUUGGCAGAAUUUGAACCUGCAGAAACAUAUUUAAAGGUACUAUUAUCAUUAUUGUCAGUAAACUCAAUCAGUGAGAGAAAUAAUUGAAUGUUAUUCAAAUUCUUGAGUUAUUCUGAAUUUCUUCAUAUUAGACUUUAAAUAUGAUGAAGUUUAGACUUUGUCAAAAUUAUAAUUACUGUGAGCUAAUUUCUGAAUAACCUUAGUUUGCUCUUACUUUAUUUUCCAGGUUGCUACUGAGGCUCUCAGUAAAAUCUGCAUUGAAUUGGAGAAUAACAGAGUGAGUGGAAAAUAAAGGAAUUAUAUUUUCUUAGAAUUGAUGCUGUUCCUUAUCCUGGAUUGAUCAAUGACUGAUGCUAUGAAUCAGUGAAUGAAGAAAUGAACGGCUGAAUGACUGAUUGAUGGACUGAGGACUGGUUUUUUAUUUCCCUUUUGUGACUGGAUGUUUGAUGUCUUAGCUGAUGGCUUAUUUGUCCCCAAGGGGGAUUGUGGAAAUGAAGUGUUGUCCAACAAGAUAUGAAUGUAUAACAGAGUAUCUGUAGAGGGUACUAACUGAUUUGUUUAUAACUCUGACUAGGAAACUGCAGAAGAAAAACUGAUUGUAAAUGACCUGAGGAGUGUUCACCAUUAUGUCAAGAGUGCUGAGGUGUGUGUGUAUUUCAUUUCUGAAUCAGUUUCCACACUUUUCCACUUGUAUUUUCAUGAGCCUCAGGCAGUUUACUUUUUUCAUGUUGAGUUUCCACAAGCUUUAUGUCUUAUUUCCUUCUCUCUAAGUGCCUGUUAUGAUAACUUAACUUGUGGUUUUUACAACACUGAGCCAAAAAGAACUCAUGACAUAUGAUCACAUUACUGUGUAACUACCACCAAAUAAAUUUUUUUUCACUGUUGCUUUUUACUUGAGGUUAGGCUUAGAAUCCUAAUUCAUGCAGGCAGUAAAGGGGUUAAGAGGCUCUUAAUUGUUAAAAAAUUUAUCCUUGUCAGAACUGCAGAAAGUGCACAGAGAUGGAGAAUAUUGAGUAUGGGGAAUAUUGAUACUGAUGUAAGGGUGUAAUUGGAUGAAUUGAUUUCAUGGAUCUUAUGCACCCUUGUGACUCAUGAUAUGACUGCUAACCCAGUUCUGUAUUGACUGAAAACCAGCUAGGCCCAAUUAUUGUUAUUGAUAAGUUGUUUGAUAUCAUUGUGUUAAGGUCCUUCUUCAAAGAGUGCAGACUGCUGUUGAGAUGUUUUUACAUUGGGAUAAAGAAGUCAGAAAUUAUGAGCAGAUGAAGGUAGGUGGUGAAUAGCUAAAUUUUUCUUAAGGGAAGCUUCUUCUGUUGGAUCAAGUUGUUCUCAACCCGACAAAAAUGUCUUGUGAUUUGACAGUUGUCAGAACAAAUGGGAAACAACCACCAGAAUGAAUGAUAAUGGUAGACAACAAAAACAAGAAAUAUUUGAAUCUAGCGAUUGUUUGACAACAUGGGUUGCAACUAUUAUCUCAAACAAUAGUUCUUUUGUUUACCAAAGUCCACAACAAAUAAUGGCUACAUGUACAAAAAAUUUCACCUGAAAAUGGAUGAUAUUUGGUUCAAAUUUGUCUCACUGUAAAUGUCUUACUCCCAUUCAUGCUAACAAAAAUAUUAGCUUGAAAAAUCUUUUUUGGUAAAUUAAUGACAAUUUAUUGCAUGAGUGGAGGUUUCCUUAAAGAAUUUAUGUAUCAAUAAAAAUCUACUGUCAUCGUGCAAAAUUACACCCUAACUAAACAAAUUUCUACCAAUUCCAACUUUGUGUGGUUGGUUUACCAGUUAAUUCACUUAGUUCUUGUUAAAAGACAGUCAGUAUUCAUAUUUGUUUGCUUUACAUCAGAAUCCUGGUUCAGAUGAGGACAACCCUGAUCAUGCCAGUCAGACACAGAAAUGGGCAGAGGUAAAACAACUGUUGCAAGCUGCAUGUAAAUAGUUUUUUAGAGAAUACUGGCAACAAUGGAUGGAUAUUAUUUGUUUUAUUUAUUUAUUUAUUUCAUUAUUUUUACAAGAUGAAUUCAAGAGCUCAUUACAUUUGCUGCUGAGUCAUAAAAUAGCAAAGAAACAUUUACACAAAUCUUGAUAAUAUUAACGUAAAUAUUUGUAAGUAUACUCAUUGCUUUCUGAUCAUUUUGUUUUUUUUUUAGUCUUGAUAUAAUAUUUUCCAACAUUUUCAGGCAAACUCAAACUGUGCAGAUGCUAAAACAAACCUUGAGUUUCUUUGUAAAGACUUGUCUUCUGAGCUUGCUCACUUUGAUUGGCGGAAAGAAGUAGAACUUCGGGAGAUAUUGAUUGAAUACUCAGAACUCAGAUCAGAGCACUUUGAGAAGGUACAGUUCUUCAAAACUAGAGAUUUCAUAAAUUAUGCAAUUUCUUGUGUGAGAUUUGCAAUUUUAAAGUUUUUUUGGUAAAUUCAACUCCUACAUACCUAUUCGCUGAUUUGUUAUAACCAUUUCUUAGGUUAUUUCCUCUCAAUUCCCAAGCUAUUCCAUAGCAUCCAAGAUGUUUUCACCCAGUUAUGGUCCAAACCUCAGACAAUGUGAAAAUGACAUUUGGAUGUAUUUUUCCUAGUGUAUUUCCUAGGAACAAGUUGGCAGCUACUUAUGUGGGUUUCAUUUCUAGUUUCUUUUCCCCUGGGCUUAGUCUUCAUUCAUCCCUACUCACAGUUCCCCAGUAUUUUAUGUCUAGAAAGAAAUACCUCCUCUAUCCCACCCAGGGUUAGGAUAAGAGGCAAUUGUGAGAGGUUUUUCUCCUUGUAACACUCCCAAGUCUUUUUUUAAGGAUGCAUCAUCCCAGAGAGCUGAGUCAAGAUGGAAGUGAACCUCAUUAUUUCAUAUUUUUCUUUUUUAGGUCCAGAGCAAAUGGUUUGGAGUGAAACUAAUGGUGGAGGCACCCAUAGCACCUGAAGUUAGGGCAAUUAAAUGUGUGGAAGAUUCCUGAUGAAUAAAGUUAAAGGCAGUUAAGUUUCUCAGUUUAUAACCAAAUUCACAAGAUUUAGUUGGAACUCAUUCCUUAAAUAAUUGGCCUCACUACUUGAAAAUUAGUUACUCUAGCUAUGCUUUUAGAUAAUUAAGCAGUAUAAUAAAUUUUUAUUAGAAUCUCUCAGCUUGUAAGUUUGCAGUUACAAUUAAGAGUUGUCCAACAUUGUGUCAUAGGGAAAAGUAUAGUUUACUGGUAAAUAUUAUGAUUAAAAGCUCUUAUAUUUAACAUAUGGAGCGGUGAUGUUAACAGAUAACACAAAGAUUUGAAAAAUAUAAGUUCAGCAAAGUAAAUGACAAAGGUUUUACACAUAAUUUAAAUGAAAGAAAUAAUUACUGAUUGAAUAAUAUAUUGCACUUAUUAUAGUAAUAACUAUUAUGGUUAUUUUAGUUAGGAGCCUAGCUACUUACAUGGGUCAAAGACUGCAUCAAUCCACAGUAGACCCAAUUGUAGUUCCUUCUUAUGCACAAAAAUUUGCCCACUUUGCGAAAAAGUUCACAGAUAUUAUUUCUCAUACAAAUGACAGAGUAAAUGAAUCAAAAGAAGCUUUGAAAGGAGAGACAAAGCAGCAUUCUAAUGUAAAUAUAUUUUAAGAUAAAAUUACUACCUAAUGAAAUGACCAGAGAAGGGAAUUAAAAUUAUUAACUCAUGAAAUUUGUACUUAAAAGGUCAUGGGCACAUUCAAUGUCAACAAAUGAGAUUCUAUGCAUGCUCUUUUACAAGCAACUUUGAAGCCUGUGUUAUGUUGGAUCAUGGAUUAGGAAAGGAGAUAUUCAAGGAGAAGGUUUCUUUUCAACAGAAAAGAUAUUUCAAAUUGCUUUUAAUGUCACUGUACAGUUUCUCUUAUGUAUGAAAUUAUUAAAUUUAUAUUUAAUUUUAUAUGUUUGUAUCAACACCUUUGAUUUGAGUGUAACCCAUCAUUUGACUAGAACUAAAUUUAAUUAGCAUUACAGGUAAUUAUCUCUUGGUACUUUUGUAAUUUUUUGUUUUUAGAAAAGUAAAAUUUUAAUAUAAUGACUAUGAAUCAAAUUUUAAGUUUUAAAAAUUUUUAGGAACUUUUUGCUUCCAGGUAGUAUUCCAUCUUCAACUACAGUUAUAAAAAGUUAUACAUGAGAAACUGUUUGCAGCUUAGUCUUUUUUUUAUGCUUUUUAGCAUUUAUUUCCUGCUACCAUUAGUCACUCAACCUCCCCACUGAAAAUUCCAUGAUCUAAGGGUAACAAAGUGUAUGAAAUUAUACAAGAAGAGAGAAGCAUUAUUAAUAUUGCCCUAAUGGAUCUUUUAUUGGCUGAGUUAUAGUAGUUUCAAUGGAAAAAGUAUUCAUAAAAGAUAUUAUUUUGUGAAUAACAAGUAGAAUAGGAAGUAUAUUCUUCUGUAGUCACCAAAAUUUGUGGUUUUAUUGAGUUUCAUAGGAAAAAAAUAAAGUAAGGUGAAAAACCACAACAUGUUUGAUUACUUUCUGUAAAGUUGCUGGUUUGAAUCUUGGAGUAUCAGUUGAGUUGCGUUGUAUACUCCUUCAGGAGCAAGCAGUCCUGAAAAGGACUGUUGUCAGUGAUAAUGACUGACUCUUUUAACAAAAUGAGG